AGAAGCUGGAAAAUUCACGUUGACAUUGGUCAGGACCCAAAAUAAAAGGGGUAAUAUCGUCAUUUACUACCAUAAAGAAACACCAACCGAUAAAACGUCCAUUCUAAGACGGCGGGACAAUGUUCAUACUUCAUGGGUACAUUACAUACAUACACCAAAAACUUCAAAGCCCCCACAAAUCUCUAAACAUAUCACAAACUUCAAAUUUCUAAAGACACAACCCGGAUCCGGUUCCAAAUCAAAACACAACCCGAAAUAUGCCGAUCGGGUGGGUCAAAUCCUUACAUUGCAAAUCAAAAGCAUUCGACGAUGUCUAUCAUCAUCACUCCAACAAAGGUAAACUCUUAUUGCCAAGUUACAGCUGCAGAAAAAACGUUAGAGACGUUGUCAAUACACAACCCGGAACCGUUAAGAAAAACCCAAAACCGGACCCGAGUUUAAGACGUUUAUGCUCUUCUCGUCGACCCGAAUUAGACUCCAAUUCUCAUCACCCGACCCGACGAAGUGUAUCAGCUCGAGCUUCCUCGGAAUCUGUAUUGCCCGUAUUGACCGAUCUUCCUGAUGGUCAUCCGUCAAGAAACGUCGUGGAGAUUAUAUUCCAAUCUAGUUGGAGCUCCGAUGAGUUUCCGGGUCGGGUUGAAAUGAUUUUUAAAGUUGAAAACGGGUCAAAAGCUGUGACCCGGUUUGAGGAAUAUAGAGAAGCUGUGAAAUCGCGAUCGUGUUCGAAAGUUGAUUCUGAUAGAGUUGACGGCAGCGCGUGUGAUGAAAACGCGCGGUGCUCCGCUGAUGGGAAUGAGAUGAUGAGGUUUUUUCCGUUGGGUCCGAUUCCGGGAGGGAUAAACGGCGGCGCGUGGGGUUUUCCCGGAGGGAAAGGAGCGGCGGUUUGUACGUUUUCCGGUAGCGGAGAAGCGCACGCGAGCACUGGCGGCGGAGGAGGGAGGAGAGCGAUGUUGAUUUGUAGAGUGAUUGCGGGUCGGGUUGCGAAGAAAGGUGAAUUCGGGUCGGAUUCGGUAGCGGGUCGAGCUGGUGAGUUGAUUGUCUUUGAUGCUCGCGCGGUGUUGCCUUGUUUCUUAAUCUUUUUCAGAUUGUAAAAAAUAAUAAUUAUUAUAAAAUUUAUACUAAUUUUGAUUUAUAUAUUUUGGUUCCAUUUUUUGGUUUGUUGUAUCUGCUUCGUAUUUUUCAGAUUUAUAUUUAACUUUUCGUUCAAAAUAUAUUUUUGGUUGUUUUUAGGGUCCAA